UCAUACAGAUGAACCCCUUACUUCCCCAGCUGAACCAGUAGGUACCUGGGUCCUUGUCAAGUGCUUCUUGUCGCUGUACGCAGCCAUCUCUAUCGCAUCCAUUGCGCUGAUUAACUUCUCGCUCGCUCUUAUCUUGGCCGUGGUGUUGGUGCCUGCUUGCGUACUAGUCCAACCUUUGUCAAGGUACUACCAAUCGCAGCUGGUGACCAUUUACUUGAUGUGCGUCUCACCCUUGGCGUUAUACCUACUGGUAACUUCAGUGUACAGUUGGCAAGCUUUUGACCAUAUAGCACGCAUAAUACAGCUGUAUCAGCUGCUGUCUAUUUGGACUGUUCCCGUGGUGGGCAUGGUAGUGCUACCGGUUGUAGUGCUGCUACAGAAUGUCAUAUUUGCGAAUUGAACGUUCGGAUCGCUGCAACAUUUCACUUGUUUGUUUCCAUCCAUUGGAAUUGUACUGUAAAGGGGUCUUCUUACGGACAGAUAUCGAAAUGAUCACCGGUUUCAUGAACUGUGACGAAUUGUACUGCUGGACUGUACAUAGGCACGUAGUGGUUGCACCGGUUGAGUGUCUACUGCAAAUAGAUAGCGUUUGAUGUACUACGUUAAGUAGUAAGUACUAGAUGCGAUACUUGAUCGGGAUGGAUCCCAUCAAGGUGGAACAUGCACUCUUUGAGCUGAAGACACCAACACCUCACAGCAUCGUUGGUGUUGAGUAUGGAGAUAGGGAUUAGGGAUUCGCCUAUCACAGCACUGCUACAGCGCUGUAUGCCGCAAUCGACCCACCCCACGGCAGCACACGCAUGCUGUAGGAGGCCAGUACUGCAAUACACACACAACACACUCCCCACUACGACGUGCCAAACACUGGCCAAGAUUGGAGAGAGAUUGAUAGUAUUGGUACUCGGAGAUGCAUAGUGUAGCAUCACAGCACUCGAUGUGACAGUGCCAUAGUCCACUGCCUAGACAGGCUUAGCCGCUUGUGGGCGGUGGCCUUUGGGAGCUAUGCUGUACGCAACACUAUCUGUAAGGGCAAAGCUGACCCAAUGGUCUGCUAGUUGUGUUCUAGCCCGAGUGAGUGUACUGGAUGUACUGAUGGGGUUGCGGUUGGGGGAAGUGUUUGAGAAACCCGGUAGAUCAAACAGGGUUCGAUAUGCUUGCUGAUGAUACUAUACGCUAAAAUGCAGAUCUGACAGGUUAUAGAUGAUUGGAUGCUUUGGAGCACUCAAUAGACCACAUCUCUGAAGCUAUUUAAACUAAAUUGGCGCCACGAAUAUAUAGAGGCCAGAUCUCUGUAUCCUGGAUUGUGGGCCCGUCGCUGGUAAAAAUAGGAUUCAUUACCACAUAAAGUGUAUGUAGAUUAUCGUCAAUACUCCAAGUAUCGAUAAUCAGUAGACGACAACUUGUCAUUGCGGGAGAUAUGAGGUGGGCUAAACAGCCAUACAACUACCAUAUAACUGCACUGUACAUGGCAGAGCUACUACAACAGUAUGGUGGUGCUUCGAGUUCAUUAAUUAGACAGCUGAGAAAUAUCGGCGGACCUCCAAUAAAUUAAAUGCGGAAUCAUAAAGC